CUCUGUUAACCUGCCAAAGACGAUCAAAUCUGCACUUUACAAAGUAAUGUAGUCUGUUGUCUUCAGUUUUAAACAGUGAUAACACAUUUCUCGUGCUGGGACGUGGAGCUUGCUGGUGGUGGUGAGUGCAGAGGAAUCGCAGCAGAAGUUGAAUCAUCUACUGAGAUAUGAAUGUUCUUCAAUUCCAACAGCUCAUGUAAUCGUAGUUUGUUCUGUCCAAACCCUGUCUGUCUCCAGCUUAGAUGUAUCCCUUCAUGUCUGUGUUUUAUGUGGCUGCGUGUGCAUGACAGAGAAGGAAGAACACUAUGCAGUAGCAUACACGUCGUGUGUGUCUUGGUGUGUGUGUGUGUUGAGUGUUUGUGAUGUCGGGAGACACCAGCACCCUGUCCUGGAGGAGCAUGUCUCCCACCAGCCAAUCAGAUUCCUCAGAUUUGUCUCCCACAUCAACUGUGGCCAGGGACAACGUCUUCCCGGUGAAGAUCAUCAAAGUGUGUUUCCUCAGCAACAGCUCCAACCUCGGCAAGAACUUCAAACUGGUCCGCUGUGAGGAGGGGUGGACUAUCAGGGCUAUCAUCAAUAUGGUGCUGUCCAGUGGCUGUGUGGGUCCAGACAUAAAACACAGGCUCUGCUACGGCCUCCUCCUCAAACACCUUAAGUCCUCAGUGAUACACUGGCUGCACCCAGACCUGACUGUGUCUGAACUCACCCAGCGCUACGAACAGCAGCAUCUAGAGGCUGAGUGGAGAUAUGACCUGAGGAUCAGAUAUAUCCCAUUAGACUUCAUGGAGAAAUUCAAAGAUGACAGAACCACCAUGCUCUACUUUUACCAGCAGGUACGAAGUGACUACAUGCAGCAGUAUGCCUCAAAAGUCAGUGACGGGAUGGCUCUACAGCUCGGUUGUCUGGAAAUAAGGAGAUUCUACAAAGACAUGAAUCCACACGGACUGGAGAAAAAGUCCAACUUUGAACUAUUAGAGAAGGAUGUGGGGUUGGACUUGUUCUUUCCUAGAGAGCUGAUUAACAGCAUGAAGCCUAAGCAGUUACGUCGGCUGAUCCAGCAGACCUUUCAGGGCUAUGCCACCCUGAACCAGGACCAGUGCAUGACCAGGUUCUUCACCACUCUGGCUCAGUGCUACAGCUACACACAGGAGAGCUUCGCCUGCCAGCUAGUGCAUGGUUGGAGCCUCACAAUAGACCUUGUCAUCAGCCCUGAAGGCAUCAGUCAGCAAACUGAAAACUCCACACCCGUGCGUUUGGCCGCGUUCUCUCAGGUGCGCAGUAUCUCCUGCUCUGCAGAGAGUGACGGUCGCGCUCUGCUUACUGUGCACAUAGAGGGAGCCACACAGUCGCUGUCAGUGAACACCUCCUCUCUGGCUGUGGCAGAGAACAUGGCCGACCUGAUUGACGGCUACUGCCGGCUGGAAGGCAGCACUGAGAGCUUGCUCAUUAUCAAGUCCAGCAAAGACGACUCAACCAAAUACCUGAUUCUUUCAGGGAGAGACACAAGACUGAAACUUCCUGACAUCCCAAAAUGUGCGGGUUCCAGUGGUCCUGAUAGAGGUUCGGAUAUUUAUGCUGAGAUUCCAGAGGGCGCAGCUGACUCUGGUGAGAAGCACAGUAUCUCCAGAGACGAUGUUGUUGUGGGUCGAAUCCUGGGUGAGGGAUUCUUUGGAGAGGUUCACGAGGGAGUUUAUAAAAGCCCAACAGGCGAGAGGAUCUGUGUGGCCAUUAAAACAUGUAAGGACUGCUCAGCUGAUGUAAAAGAGAAGUUUCUCAGUGAAGCUGACUUGAUGAAACAUUUGGAUCAUCCCCACAUUGUGCGUCUAAUCGGAGUCAUUGAGGUUGAUCCUGUUUGGAUUGUCAUGGAGCUCUAUCAACAUGGAGAGCUGGGCAGCUAUCUCGUGGAGGAGCAGAACAUCCUGACCACUGCAACCUUAAUCCUAUACUGUCUACAAAUCUGCAAAGCCUUGGCUUACCUGGAGGGACUCAAUAUGGUGCACAGAGACAUAGCGGUGAGAAAUGUCCUCGUGGCGUCUCCUGAAUGCGUCAAGCUUGGUGAUUUUGGUUUGUCUCGCUACAUUGAUGAACAAGAGUAUUAUAAAGCCUCAGUUAGUCGAUUACCGAUCAAAUGGAUGGCACCUGAGUCCAUCAACUUCAGGCGCUUCACCACAUCCAGUGAUGUUUGGAUGUUUGGUGUGUGUGUUUGGGAGAUCUUCUCAAUGGCCCAGCAACCUUUCUUCUGGUUGGAGAAUGGGCAGGUGAUCAACCAGCUAGAGUCGGGAGUUCGACUCCCCAUGCCGCCGCGCUGCCCGCCCACCAUCUACUCCCUGCUCACCAACUGCUGGGCCUAUGAGCCGCAUAGCCGGCCCAGCUUCAGCCAGCUCGUCUGCUCCUUGCGUGAGAUCCACAGGAUGGAAUUGGAGCAGGAGGUGGAUGUGAGGCGAGAAAGAGCAAGGUCCUCCACGCCAGCAAUAUUUGACCCUAUCCACACAGACCCUCCACCCAAGCCAUCCAGAACACAUGGCAACAGCCUUCCUCGGGGCACACGCAUACAGGUGUCCUCUCACGCAAACAUGGAUAGCAGGCCGUUAUGGGAGAAAGAGAGAGCGCAAGUGGAGAACACUUUACAAAGGCAAAGAAGAGAGAUGCUGAUAGAUAAACAGUGGCUGGAGCAAGAGGAGAAACAGCUGGAUCCUGUUGUGCGAGUGGAUUCACACCCCACGCCUCCUGAAAAAAGCCCAGGAAAUGGUCCUCCAGAGAAGCCCCCAAUGCCUCCCGUCACACAGCCUCGCCCCACAGCUGAGCUGGACCGAUCAGGUGAUCAGGUUUACACCGGCGUCAUGGCGAUGGUAAAACAGGUGGUCCAGCUGAAGAAUGAUGUCAACACACUGCCCGCCUCCGAGUAUCCCAACGCCGUCAAAACGGUGGGCAUCACUCUCCGUAGCCUCAUUCAAAGUGUUGAUGAGAUCCUGCCCUCUCUACACAGCUCUGUCACAACAGAGAUCGAGGGCACUAAGAAACUACUGAACAAGGACUUAGGGGACCUGAUCAGUAAGAUGCGACUGGCUCAGCAGAACUACAUAACGUCGCUGAAGGAGGAAUGUCAGCGGCAGAUGUUGACGGCCGCUCACACUCUGGCACUGGACUCCAAAAACCUGCUGGAUGCUGUGGACCAGGCUCGGGUCAGGGCCAACCUGGCUAAGCCCAAACCUGCCUCACAAGAUGAAGACGACUCUGGGGAAUGAAGACAGAGCAAGUUCUCUGUUGAUCGAAUGGACUUGAAAUUAAGGUUGAAUUUUAAGUUGAUACGAUUAUGGAUGCUAAAUAGAUGUAAUAAUAUAUUUGUAUUUUCUUCUAAAGAAAUAUGUCAUGUUAACUGAGCAUUUCUUGAAGUUGAAACUAUGACAAUGUAUAAUAGCAAUUAUACUGUUCUUUUUUUAGUCUUUUUACUAUUUUUAAAAUUAAAGAUAAUGAGGUUCUGCA